UAUAAAAUUCUAGCUCGGCAGUAUGACCCUCUGGUAUGACCCUCAGUAUGACCCUCAAGGCCAAGUCUACCUGUCCUUCCUGGCAGCGAGAUCAAGAGUCGCUCCCCGGCGACGACACUCCAUUCCACGUCUUGAGCUCUGCGGUGCUCUAACAGCAGCCCAACUGGCAAAGAUGUUGGAAGGGGAGCUGACCUUGAAGAUUGAUAAGACUAUACUUUGGAGUGAUUCAACUACGGUGCUUACCUGGCUGCAGUCGGAGUCGUGCCGUUUCAAGGUAUUUGUGGGCACACGUGUAGCUGAAAUACAGGAGCUCACGGAACCCAGUGCCUGGCGGUAUGUGGACUCCUCACUGAAUCCAGCCGAUGAUGUCACGCGGGGUAAGACUCUUGGGGAGCUCGCCGUGCCUAAUCACUGGAGUCAAGGGCCCCCUUUCCUCCUCAAGGGACCCCACGAAUGGCCAUCUCAAUUACCUAGGCUGCCUGAUUCAGAUUUGUCAGAGUACAGGAAGUCAGUUUCCUGUGGUAUUGUGACUAACGGUGACUGGCCAUGUUCUCUACAGGGUGGCCAACACACUUGGAAGGAUCUGGUUGAGGCUACGGUGUGUGAGCUUCACGGGGCGGCAGGACUGGGUAGUGCGGUUACUGCUUCAGACUAUCAUCAAGCAGAAAUUAUCAUCUACCAGAGAAUCCAGCAGGACUGCUUCCCAGAAGAACUGUUCCACCUCAAGAAGGGCAAGUCAGUACCAAAUAGUAGUCGACUACUUACCUUGUCCCCAGAGUUAGACCCUGAGGAUGCGAUCAUACGUGUUGGUGGUAGAUUGCGGCGGGCUGAAGCUCUCGAUUCUGCUUUUAAACACCCGAUCGUCUUGGAUCCCAGUCAUCCAGCCACCAAGCUCCUUAUACAGGACUAUGACACUCGUCUCUGUCACCCUGGAUCUGAAUGGGUUUACGCAGAAAUGCGUCGCACUUUCUGGAUACUGCGCGGGAGUGAGGCAAUUCGUCAUAUACAACAUCUCUGUAAGGAGUGUAGAAGAUGGAAGGCCAAGCCAUCGGUGCCCAAGAUGUCAGACUUACCAGUGGCCCGUCUGCGUUUAUAUAAGCCAGCCUUCUAUUCCACGGGUGUGGACUGUUUUGGGCCUUUCCAGGUGAAGUUGGGACGCCGCUCUGAAAAGAGAUGGGGCAUUAUUUACAAAUGUCUCACCACACGAGCGGGGCACCUGGACCUCUUACACAGCUUGGAUUCAGAAUCGUUUCUAAUGAGCCUCAGGAGAUUCAUUGCCCGUAGGGGUACGCCAGCUGAACUCUACUCGGAUCAGGGCACAAAUUUCAAGGCAGGAGAGAAAGAGCUUCGUGAGACAUUUGAUGGUCUAUCCUCAGAGCUUCAGCAACUUCUAGCGAAGCAGAAGAUUACUUUCCACCUCAACCCCCCAGCAGCACCCCAUUUUGGUGGGGCAUGGGAGCGAGAGAUAAGAUCAGUCAAAUCUGCUUUGUAUACCGUUAUAGGAGCUCAGCCAGUCUUUGAAGAAGUACUCCGUACUGUCUUGUUGGAAGUCGAGGCGAUACUGAACACAAAGCCACUGGGAUAUACCUCAGCCAAUAUAGCAGAUCUGGAUGCAAUCACUCCGAACGUCCUCUUGAUGGGGCGGCUAGAUGGUGCUUUGCCCCAGGUGGUAUACAACAAGAGUGAAGGCUUGAGUAGGAGAAGAUGGAGGCACUGUCAGGUCUUGGCAGACCACUUCUGGUCUAGGUUUAUCAGGUACUACUUACACACCCUGCAGCCUCGACAGAAGUGGCAUACCCCCAAUGUGGAUCUUGCAGUCAACUCUGUUGUUCUGAUGAUGGACCCACAGCUUCCCAGGGCUCUUUGGCCAGUCGGCAGAGUGACUAAGGUACAUCAGAGUGUUGAUGGUUGUGUAAGGUCAGCCGAUGUCCGGAUCAAGGACAAAGUCUACACCAGACCAGUUGCCCGUCUCAUUGCCCUUCCAGCUAUCCCAGAUUCAUAAUGGAUUCCAUCGUAGUGCCUAUGGAAGCGACUGAGCAGUGAGCCUUUCUCAGGAGCAAACUGCAUGCAAUUUGGGGGCGGCUGUGUGAAAGUCUCACUAAUGACACUGAUUUACGACGUGGAUGGAUAAGAGCGCUCUCGUCCCGGUUGCGGGGACUCUUAUUUUGACGGAAUGCAGCUCAUACGGUGGGGUGCUUCAGAGUGCGCGCGCACCGCGAUCCAGUCUUGCAUCAGCCGUCAUCUUCAGAGAGAACGAGCCGUGAAAUUCCCUGACUAAAUUCAGUUUUGAUCUUCGUUAUGUUCCUAUGAGUGUUUAAAGUUGUGUGCGUCCAGAGAGAAAACCACACACUCAUAUGCUGACACUCCUCAGGACAUACAGCAAAGACGAUACCACUUAGUACCCAUAUACAUGCUCAUCUUCGAUCUGUGCACAGAGAGCACUGUUUAAUACAGCUCAUUAGGAUCUGGCUCCCCCUCUUCAUAUGCUUGUAUAAAUAAAUCUGUUAAACUGGAUUCCUUCUUCGACUUUGGUGUUCUUACCGACACACCCGGACCAGCUUCACCUCAUUAGCAACAGCUAGCACCUUACAGUC